CCUCGCCGUGCUCCUCCUUCUCCUCCGCGUGCCCUCGGCAGCCGCUCCCGCAGCCGGCUCCUCCUCUCCCUCCCCCCAGCUCUCCCCCGGCGCUCUCCGCGCUAACUUUCGCGAGCCCGACCUGCGGCGCAGAGCUCCGGGCAGCGUCGUGGCCCACUGCAGGCCGAGGGCUGCGAACGCAGCGGUGCCCUGUAUCCCAUUCUCGCGCCCCUGGCGCGCUCCGGAGAGAACUCAGCGAUGUCCGGGGCUGGGGACCGAGGCGAAGCGCGGGCGAGAUGGCUGGGCGCUGGGCUUUUGGGUCUCUUCCUCCUCCCGGUGUCGCUGUCGCUGGAGGUGUCUGUGGGAAAGGCCACAACCAUCUACGCCGUCAACGGCACGGAGAUUCUACUGCCCUGCACCUUCUCCAGCUGCUUUGGCUUCGAGAACCUUCGCUUCUGGUGGUCCUACAACAGCAGUGAUACAUACAGGAUUCUCAUAGAUGGGACUGUGAAGAAUGAGAAGUCUAACCCCAAGGUGAAGUUGAAAGAUGAUGACCGCAUCACUCUGCAAGGCUCCACUAAGGAGAAGGUGAACAACAUUUCCAUCCUGCUCAGGGACCUGGAGUUCAGCGACACCGGCAAAUACACCUGCCACGCGAAGAACCCCAAGGAGAAUCACCUUGAGCACCAGGCCACCAUCUUCCUCCAAGUUGUUGAUAAAUUGGAAGUAGUGGACAACACGUUGACGCUCAUCAUCGUGGCUGCUGUGGGUGGGUCCAUUGGGCUUCUCAUCUUCCUAAUGCUGGUCAAGAAGCUCAUCAUCUUCAUUAUCAAGAAGACUCAGGAGAAGAAGAAGGAGUGCCUCGUGAGUUCCUCAGGGAAUGACAAUACAGAGAAUGGGUUGCCUGGCUCCAAGGCAGAAGAGAAGCCACCCACAAAAGUGUGACCCCCUGCUUGGGGCCAAGCAGCCUCCAGGGACCCCACUUUCUGAUGAGGAAACUGACGCUUGAGCCGUGUCUGUGAACCCUUGUGCCUGAGACAUCUGCUGCUUGGCUCAAACUGUAGUCUUUCCGGGUGGGGAGAAACUGGGGUCCUGCCCAGCCUGCCUCUCCCCCUCCCCAGCCAGGGUUCCCCAGGGACAAGGGGUGGCCAGGGGAGAGGCCUGUGGAAGGUCAAGGAGAGGAGGGGCUGGGGCGGUGUGGAGGGCUGGUUCCCCCACACCUGGGAUCUUCCUCCGUCUCCCCCACCCUACAGGAGCAAUGCCUUGGUUUCUUCCAGAUUUCUCUUCAGGAGUCUUGUGGGGUCAGUGAGGGUUGCCCCAGUAGCUGGUGGUGGAAAUGGCCUGGAGGACUAUGUGUAGGACCUGGGGGUGGGAGGAUGCUGGGGAGGUGCCUGCGUUCAGAGGCCUUGAUAUAUUCCGUGUUCCCAUGUUCCUCUACCGGGGAACUGUCUUUUCCUUUCACCCGAGGGUGCCGGCCUUGGUCCUAGGCUCCUUAAUACCGCCCCACCCGAACCCCCAAAGCUUGGAGUGUCUGAACCCUCUCAACCAGGGCUGGCCACCUUGGAGGGUCCAGGCCUACCUAGCCUGUUCCUCUGAUCUUGGGGUUCCUGAGGGGCUCAUGAAGGAACCCCUCAGGCCUCCCUAGAGCACUGGGGUGCUACCUAAGCCUUUCCUAGCAUUUCUCCUUGAGGAAUCAGGGUUGCAGAUGUGGAUGAGCCAGUGCCCUGGGCCUCUUGGUAGCCCCAGCCCUACCAAGGCUGGCACCUUCUUUCCUUGGCAUGGCAGGACCAUAGCCACUCCCGGGACCUCCAAGCCUGGCUCUUCCCUCCUCCUCCUUCCCUGAAGCGGCAGGCUGUGCGUGUCAUCUUGCUUGAGGUGUUGCACCCUCAAACCUGCUCCUCCUGUUGGCUUGCCUCCUGUGCACCCCUCUCCCCAUUAUAGGUUCUCCCCUGGCCUAGGGUUGCCCAUCUCUACCCUCCAAGGUCAAGGGCUUGCCUUUACCUCAGGGACCCUCUUCCUUUGGACGAGAGAGCCCUUGAGUUUUCUGGCUGCUUCCUGCUCAGCUGUGCCACCCCUUCUGACACCCUGGGCUGGGGACGGGCAGGGAGAAAGUGCCCACAGUUUUCUUUUGCUUUUUCGAGAACUGGUUUGCACACCCCUUAUGUGUGGGGCUGGUCUGUGCCUUAGCUCCUAAGUCCUAGCUCAUUCUUCCCACCCUCUCCAGUCUGACUCUGGUGUGGCACCUGCGAGGGUUCCCCAGCUGCCCCCUUGCAGGGUCAUGCCAGGUCCCAGGGAACUGGAGUGGCAUCCCCAGCAGCCUCACAGCCAGUAACUGAGUCUUGGAGACAUCCGACUGCUCCCCUGGGGAGCAGAGUGAAUGUCUGACACUCUGUCCUCUGCACCCCUAGGGGGGAGGGCAGUAACCUCUUUUUCCAGGUGUAUGAGGACUGCCUCAGGACUCUCCCUGCCAACAGCAGGAGCAAGCUUCCCCAGGAGGCAGGUGGGGGGAGGUGGAGGGACAGCGGCCCCAGCAGGGAGCCCUUGGCUGUAGCCUGUGGCUCUUGCCAACCUGAUGGGCUUGCAAGUCCCCACUCAGAGCUGCCCCUGCCCCUCCAGCCCUCCGCCCAAAGCCCACCUGGGUCUUCCUGGCUUUGGGAGCAGACAGACCAGAGCCCUUCAGCUGCCAUCUUGCAAAACUACCUUACUCUCCCUUCCCAGCUUUAAUAUUUGAAUGGACAGAUGGGCAGGCUGUCUUGGGCUCCUCUACACUUUCGGGAGGAUACCCAGGGGCACAGCGUGGGGCGAGGAACGUGCUGGGUCCUCUCCACUCCUGGGCCUGCUGCUGAUGGCCACUGUGCAUCUUCUCUGGGCUCGGUGUUUCCAUUGAUGAAUGGUGUAAUCCCACUUACCUACCUCACAGACUGUUGUGAGGCUCGGUGAGCUUUUGUUUAAAAAUCUUUUAGACUUGGAAGAGGUCUAGAAGGCCAGAUAUUAUAAUUGGAGGAAUGUUCCAAGUCUGUCCAGUCUUCAUCUCUGUGCCCUAUCUUUGUAACUAAUUAGCCAUCUAACUCACUGUAAUUCACUUUUGCUCUCUUUAUCCGUCCAUCCAUUCGUCCGUCCGUCCGUCCAUUCGUCCGUCCGUCCGUCCAUCCAUCCAUCCAUCCAUCCAUCCAUCCAUCCCUCCAGGUUCCCUCUCUCCUUUCCUUCCCCCCUUCCUCCUUCCCCCAUAACUCCAUCUAUCCAUCUACUGUCUAUGCAUCUUUCCUAUCAUUCACCUGUCUCUAUCACCUCUCUCUUUUUACCAGUCUCCCUUGAAAUUAUUAGUCUUUCCAAUGUUAGAUACUUUGACUCUGAUGCUCAGAGCUUCUUGUCACAGCUUCUGUUUGGUGGUUUUCAACAGAGGUGAUUAGACGCAUGGUGGGGGGCACUUAGGUUACCCAGUGCCUGGUGGCACUACUGGCCUGUAAUGAGUGGGGACUACAAAUGCUAAACUUAGUUCCCACAACGAAGAAAUACAUGCCAGUGCUGGGGUCACACCCGCAGGGGGGCAUUGGCGUGCCCUGCGGUAGUGUGCACAGCCACCUUCCCAAGGAGAUUCCUCUGCUUGCACAUCUCCGAGGACGAUCCCCAGGGCCAGGAGAAGGUUAAUCCCAGGCUUGUGAUUGCAGAUGGCCACUUAGAGGUGGUCUUCAGAGCCCUGGACAUCCGCAGCUGUGCUGACAGUAAAGUCAGUGAGGCCAAAACCAGUCUUUCUCAGCUUCCUUCCUUGACCUCACUCUGGGGCUCUGGCACUCCAGGCCUUUGGCUCCUCCUGAGCAGAAGUGGACCAGAGGCAGCCAGGAGGAGUCUGUGGUCCUGCAGAGGCGUGGGGGAGGGGAUGGGGGCCUCCAGCAUUCUUGCAUCUAAUUGGCUGCCCGAGCCAGAGCUCCAGGUGAAGCUAAGGGGCGAGAGAGUGCUCUGGAGAAGGUGGCAGGUGAGGCUGCACUUGUGUGCAGAGGGCGUGGUGUGUGCUCCCGGAAGCGCAAGAGUGUGGGGGUGGGCGGCGUGUGGCAGGGCGAGUGUGAGGCUGAGAGUGCCUGAACAGGGAGACUCCACUCAGCUCAGGAGCCACCUUUCAGAGCCCGAGCUUUACCUUUUGGGGGCACCUCGAGGCUGAGAAAGGUAAGAGACAGGACCAGACCGGCCAUGUUCCUCGCUCCAUCACUCCAUGACUAUCUGUUACGACGACAGCUGCCGUCGGGUGCUGGGGGAGGGAGUGCCGGAAGGGGGGGACCGCUCGGGAAAAUCCUCUGGCUUGCUUCACUUUACUUUGUCCCAGGUUGGAGUCCCUACCCUCCACCUCCCACCUGAUAUGCAGCGCUUUUGACUAUCUUAUGCAUGGUUUAUUCCUCUGGCUUGGAUGACAGCAAUACAUAGUCAAUUUUCCUAUAUAACUUUAGAUCAACUUGAUGCAGCAAAGGGCCUUGGGGGGCCUCGGGACGGCGGGUGCUUCUGGGAGGCACAGAUGUGUACACGCCCAGCACUGACUUGUAUUUAAGCCCAGAAGGGAUGUGAUCAGACUGUCUGGCCUUUAUAACGUGUUUUGCAUUGUAGAAUUUUAUUUAGCUUUGCUUUGGAUGAAAAUAAAAAUUAUGUUUAA